AUGCUACAAGAGGAGGAGACCACGACAGGAGAUCCUGCUUCUUCUACUAAUAGUACUGAAUCUACUAAUAGUACUGAAUCUACUAAUCGUACUGAAUCUACUAAAAAUAGUACUGCUUCUACUAAUAGUACUGCAAACUACGUCAAUAAUGAUGCUUCUAGUCAGGUGGAUAAAAGCAUUAAAAUGUUGCAGCAACUAGAAGAGGAAGAAGACGGAUGGCUCAGGACAACAAUGAAAAGCCGUAUUAGUAGAGGGCCUAUCGAAGUUGCCGAAGAAGCCGAGGAUGGGUCUCCUGUGCUUGAUUCUUCUAGAGGCAAAAAGGGAGAAAUCUUCGUCAUGGGAGAAAAGUCUAGUGGUGUAAAAGGUGGCACAUCUUCUUCCGAAGAUCUUCAUGUUGGCAGUCAUAGUAGUACGACCGCUAGUAGCAAAGGAGGUAGUAAGAACAAAGGUGCUGGUAAAGGUAUUAAUUUCACUGAAAAGAACGGAAAAAACGACAGUAGUUCUCAUAAUGCUUUUCCUAAUAGUACUUGGUCGACCAGCAAAGGGGCACUCACGUCUUCUAAAAGUGGUGGAAAAGAUCACUUUUCCACGGCUAAGGGUAGUACUUCUAGCACAAGAACUACUGCUUCUUCUAGCACUUCUCCUCAGAUGCAACACGGCUACAAAAAGCCGGAAGAAAACAAAGGCGGCAAGAACAAAGCAUUUUGGACAACUGCAGGAGUUGAAGCCGUGCCCCAAGUCCUAUCUCGCACAAGCUCGACGAGCAGCUCCUCUGGUGCGAUUGCCAGCACAACAACUCAGAGUAAAAAAGGCAGUUCCUUUUCUUCCAAGCAGAGAGAUGCUGCUAAAAAAAUUGGGACCAAAAUAAACUGCAACGGAGCGCCAGGAAAUGGAGCUAAAGGCAUGUCUGAAGCUGUUCCUUGGACUGACAACACGGCUACUAGUUCCUGGGAUACAACUUCUUGGAAUGCACAUUUGACUACUUCGGCUCCGGGACCCUCGUAUAACUGGCCCAGCUACGAUCUUCGACUUCAAGAGGAGAACAAGAAUCAAGUAGACAUCAAGCAAGGCGAGCUGCAAGAAGUAGGUGGAGCAAUGACCGCUAACACGAAGAAUGAAGAGCCCUCUUCUCGCACCACUUCCGAAAACGUUCAAAAGAAAAAGUCGAAACCUCAUUGGAAGAAAGUGAAUACUUCGAGUAAGAAGUCUAGUUCAAAAAGCAGCACAAUUAGCGACGAAGGCAGAGGUGUUGGUGCCGAUAUUUCCACUGACCAGAACAGUAAAGGCAGCAAAGGCAGCAGCAAAGGAACGAAGACAUCUUCAGCCUCUUCUAAAGGAGAUGGCGAUAAUAAGGGUAUUUUUUCAGAAGGACACCGAACUUCUGCCGCCGAACUGCUGGAUCUGCAAUCAGAGUGGCAGUCUAGGAUCAACGACUUUUUGAAGCAAGAGAAGAAAACUGCGACAGCAGAAGAGGAGAAAAAGAAAACGGCACCAGUUGUAAAAGAAUAUAGAAUGACAGCAAAAGAAUUUCUUGCUACGAUGAAGAGCAAAACGCCUGCAUCGAGUGAUGCUGAAGAAAAGCCUGCAUCAUUACCAAGCAUCCUGUUACCGAGUCCGAUGUCACCGCCUACUAAUCCGAAUACCACAGCAGGGUCGUUGAAGCGUCCGUCAGUCCCACCACCGCCUCCCCCUCAGCGGUCGCCGCCAGGCUUAGGGUCGUCUUCUUCGGGACAAUACUAUUUUCCUCCGGGAUUAGGUUUGGCCGUUCAGCAAGAAGAGGAGAGGAGUACUUCUGUGGAACGGUCAGCGUCUAGUGGAUCUUCUUCCUCUGCCACGGAUGGAGCACUCUCUUGGCGACGCCAACCUCCAAGGGAGGGAGCCACGUCACGCUAUUUCAACAAUAACAAGGGCAACAUCAUCAACAAGGGCAAUCACGAUCAUUAUGCAAGUAAUGCUGGUGCCAAAAUGAUGCUACUGAAACAGAUGCGCACAGACAGAAGCAAGGAGUAUCAGUCCAACGCUGCUGCGACGCAAAAUGCAGGAGUGGACGGAUAUCACACACAACCUAUAGCUAUACGCAGGGGGCCAAAUGAUUUGAAUUGGCGGGGGUCUUCGUCGGAGCUUUACCGCAAGGACGCCUCGUCUGCCGUAGCACAAGGACCUCCGCAUCAAAGCAAUGCCUCUACCGACAUGUCUUGGCGUCAGAAAGAUACUUCUACCCCAAGGCCUUUUCUUAAUGCACUUGAUGGGAGUAACAAGACAUCUACAUCUAGUAAAGAAAAAAAUGCUCCUGUUGUAGCUGCGCCAAGCUGGUCAGUGAUGUCCUCGGCUGUGUCCUCGACUGGAGCAGCUGCAGCGCAAAGUACUACUGAGCAACAGAGUCAACAAGCUCAAGGUCAAGCACAACAAACUCAAGGUCAAGCGUACCAAGAAGGUCAAGGUCAAGCGUACCAAGAAGGUCAAAGCAGUCUUCAAUAUCGAGGUCAACAAGAACCCAGAGCUACACCACUGAUGUCGUCGGAUUUCAUGAACUUGGCCUUGACUUCAGUUCAUAUCCGUAGUGCUACUGAGGUUCGCCGCAGCGAGCGCAUGAAAAAACCCACUUCUCCGAAUGGUAAGGCGAAGCAUAAUCACACCACGAGCUACGUCAACCCUGAGCUCUUAGCCAGUGUCGUCAGCAGAACCGGCAUGCCGGACGACUUGUUGUUGGAUUUGGCAGGGCAUAUAGAUAAUUAUGCCAAUUAUCAUCAUCAGACGUCUGACUGCGAUACAACUACGAGGAAAUACAAGAACCAGGCCUACAAAAAUAACUCCUACUACAACAAUAGUAGCAACUAUGGGGGAUAUAAAAAAUAUCAGAAUUACGACAUGCAUAAUAUGUACAUCGACAACGUGAAGCGGCUGCAGGAGUCGGUUGAGGAGAUUGAUAAAAUCAAAGCCGCUGUCCGUCAAAGGAGAGAACUGGCGGCCAAGGAGGAGGAGGAGGAACGACGCUUCCACGGGACUGUUAAGGCAAUUCAUUUUCUUUGGUUUGUGAUAUUUCGUUUCUCUGUGGGGAGAUCGUUGUCUUUGUCAAGUGCGAAAGCAUUCAUCUUUCAGCAAAAUAAAUCUUUAAGUUAGUACCCGAUUGGUGCGGAUUUUGCUUUUUGUGCUUUGGUUCUUUGUGGGGAGAUAGUUGUCCUUGCUCCACCAACAUUUUCUUGAUAUCUUAUGUGGAAGACAGAUGAAAAUAAGUACGAGUGCAGCUCUAAGAAAAUAAGUGCUGAGCAGCAAGCAGAGGCCGCCGAGCACUAUCAGAAUUUUUCGAUGACCGAUGAUAUGCAGCAGGGGGGUUACAGAUACCUUGAAUAUCCUGGUUCUGCUCUUGAAGCUUCCGCGUACCAAGAAACAGGACCUUUUUCUCCUGUAGAACAACAACAGAUGGCACGUCGAUACGCUCUGUAUCAUCAAGCAGCCGGAGCGGAAGAUGGUUAUUGAAAGACUCAUCUGUGCGUGGAGGAGAUGUUGUAUUUUCAUUUUCAUAAUAAGACUUGAAGAAAGCAUUCUGAGGCUUCAAAGCAUUGUGGUCUACCGCAGGAGAGACCUAGUGCAGGGGAGAUAACACUCCAUGUAACAUUCCUAGAAGUUCAAGUCGCCGCUAGGGAUCAAUUUGCAUUUUCAGACUAGUUCCUCUUUUUUUUGAACGAACCGUGUAGUUCAAAAGUAGUUUUGCAAGUAGUUUUUCGAGAUAUAGCGAAUCUAUGUCAAAGAUGAAAAAAAAAAAACAAAAUGAAGACGAAUAGGAGCAGAGGAGGAAGCAGGAAACGAAACAAAAUCAACGUAUUCAAUUUUAUCAGGAGUCCUACAGGACGAGCCAUGUUCUUACUUACUUAGACUAAGGAAGGUUUGUCGAUCACUAUCUGGUGUGGCCUAUGCUUACUGGGUUGCUGCCCUUGGAAUUCAAGGGGGAAAAACCUAAGGGGAAGGAAGAAGGCGAGGCAAUCCAAAGCAGGGGACACAAUGAUCGACUAUCUACGACUAGAAAAAAUCUAAUCCUAUCUUAAAUAAAUGUACUUAGCGAAGACAUAAUCAGAAGAAGUACAACUAACCACUGGAAAUCAAAGUGCCUUUACCUACACUAUAAUACUGAAUGGUUUGGAUGAGUGCUGUUUACCUCGACUAUGGAAGGUCGCUACUCACAAUACAUCAUUGCUGCAAUGUAGUAUGUGUGUACGACAAAUUUGUCUUGUUCGUGUCUUUCUACCUGCCUAUUAAAGAUGCUGUUUCUUUUAGUAGAUUGUUCGAGAAGACGCUUUUCUUCAUAGGUGGUGGUUUUUCGAAAACGCAGCUGACAGGAGACAGAGCAGACAGAACGAUUGUUGUAGCAGGUUAUCUGUAAGACUAGCGCAUAUUGUUGUCCGCCUGACAGCAUAUGCAUAUUUUUUAACGAUCGAAUUACUGACCAUUAGGCAGCGCAGAUGCAACUACGAAAUAAUAAUUUAUUCCAAAAAAACAAUAACUGGUAAGUGAAUAGUUACAGAUAAGUGAAUAGAGAGGGUUUUGCCUCAAAGAAGAUGUUGUGCUUCAGAAACAAUCAUAAACACAAAAAAAACAUAAGUAAGAAUUUCGAUGAUUAAGACCAUGGAAUGACCUUCAUUGUAUAGAGCGGAGUAGCUGCAUUUAUUCAGCGAAAUGCCUUCAAAAACUUCUAAUGCUAACAGCUUACUACAUGCAUAGGAUGAUAUGGAAAUGAACCAUUGUGAUGAUACCCUAGGAUGCUGUGACGAGCAGACGUGCGGAGAUUUCUCAUGCACCGUAGUUUUGAGCGGAACUGAAAGGAAUCUGUGGUAGGUAAUAUCUUCUUCUGUUGUCUGUCGGGGGUAUCUUUACCUGUAAAGCAAAUCUGGC